AUGUCAACUACCGAGACUCGACCAUCCUCUUCUCGGGUAUCUCUCGAUAGUCUCAUCAUCGACGACGAAGGAGUUGCCACAGAAUCAGGUCUUACUCCGAACACUGGCCGGCCCGCCUUGAACCAUUGGUUCUCGCCGUUUGCUCAAGCCUGGUCUGAUCUUCGAAGUAGCAACAUCAAUUGGAAACUUUGCAUCAUUAUAAUUUUGCUUGCUGUAGGCUUCAAGCUGACCCUCAGCUUGCUACUCUUCGAUAAUGAUUUUUUCUAUGGCGUCUGCACUAGCAGUGGAUCAUUCGACCCUCUCAACACCCAACCAAAUCUAUAUGCGAUUUCCCAGUUCUUUCAGGUCAACCAUGGAUUAGGACAUUUGACUUUUACGCAAGCCAAAGUGAUUGAUACAUCGUGGGACUUGGUUAGAACCCCCGUCUUCUUUCUUGUGAGAGCAAAUGUGUCGCUAAUAUAUGCAUCCACGAGUCAGGUUGUCGGCCGCGGAGGACAAAUGGUUUUGGCCCUCGUGUCCUGGAGAUUAUUUGCAGACUGCGCUGCCGUCUCUUUGACAAAGCAACCUCUCUCGUUUGCCGUCUUUCAUGCCAUCUUCUCAGAUAACGAGCCUUCAAUUGUAUCAGCUUGGCGUGUUACAAAGAGUCUUAUCUUCCAGAAACGUCUUGCCUCUAAAUUGAGUAGCGCUUACAUCAUUUUCAGUAUGCUUUUCAUUCUAGCUUGGCCAACGUUCGUCAGCUCGUCAACGGGUUACGUUCCGAUCACACAGCUCGUGAUCUCUGAAAAGGGCAAUGAUGCGAGCCCUAAUCUAAUUCCUUUCUCCCAUUUCCGACCCGUUGCAUAUACGAUUCAGGAUUUUUGGCGUGUCGACACUUUGAAUACUAGUCUUGUAGUUGUGGACGAUUCCGAAGAGUGCAUAUACGAUCCCGAGGAGAUUGAAUGCUAUUUACCUUGGAGUAUAUCCAACUACACAUCAGAGUAUGGAUUCUAUGGUCUAUCAAACAAGCCAUCCUCUUUCAUGGGUGUGGACCUCGAUCCACCAUCUUUGAACAUAGAAGCCUGGUAUAUCUCUUCACCAUACAACAACCAGGUUUCCGAGUUGUACGGUUGGGAUUGGAAUGACCCAAGAAGCCCGAAUGGGAGUGUCUAUCCUUUCCGCGAUACUUCAAGAUUAGCUUGGGAGUACUCAAAUAAGAUAUACUGGCUCAAAGACAUAAAUAAGAGGGGAUCCUGUACGCCCGAAACUGAUAGGUACCAAUGGGGCGUUUCCUUUCUCCAGAUUUUCAUUAUUUCCAUUUUGCUGAGCCUUUGGGCCCUUGGAGCCUUUCUGAUGUGGCUCUUCUAUCAUUCGAGGUUGCAAGCUACUGCGAAGCCCGAGGUCCCCAGAGGCUAUCGAGCUCUGGAAAUGCUGACGAGAAAUAUCAAUGAGCAGCUACAGUGUCGAGGCUUUGAGCUUGCUGAAUUGACCGACCAUGAUGCCAAGCGUUUGAUAGAAAAACAUCUAGAAGGGGGCAGGAUCUCAUUGAAGGGAUCAAUCAAGGUCCCAUCAUACCAAAGCUGGUUCUGGAAAGAAUGGCCUUACGCCAUUCUCUCGACAAGUCUUUUCCUGUCUUCACUCGCCUUGUAUCUGUCAACAUAUGAUGGGACGUCACCAUUUGUAGCUUUCAACUUUACUUUCUCUGCCUUUUUGGGCACUUGUUUUGCUAUGGAUGUGGGUAAAACAUGGGGAAGCAGGUUAGUUGUGUUUUUUCUCUGGGCGGUAUUUGGGACUUUCCUAGCGGUUGGAUUUUUGUAUGGCUUUGAUUGGAUAUUCAUCAGCAGUUUCUAG